AUGGUACCGAUCCUGUUCCUGACUCGGGCGGCCACACUCGUCCUGCAUGGAUUCGGUUGGCACCCCCAGUCCUUGGUCGAGACGAAGCAGAUGGAUCUUGUGAAUCACACAAUACCCAUGAACAAAUCGCUGCGGCUCAAGGCCCCCCAAAAGCCCUCGCUGAGCCUCGCUCCGCUGUCCGUGGGCCGUCGUGGGCGGUCGCCGGCCCUGCAUGUGGAGAGCGAGAGCCAAGGGCGUCAGGAAGGCCAGGAGAUGAUUGCCAGGGCGUCCCGGUGCACACUACUGAACCCUGUCUGCACCGGCAGCAGGUCGCGGUGGCAGAUGGCUGUUAAGCAUGGAUACCUCGAGCCUGAGCUGCAGCCCACUUUAGAAAGGACGAGCAGUGACGGGACUCGAAGCGAAUCGAAGAAAAGCCCAGGGCCGGCCCGGCUUCGCCCCCUGGCGGCGGAGCGCUCCUUGAGGCGAGAGUCUUCGGACUGCGACUGCCAGGUUUUGGGGGUCUUCGCUCUGCUCGCUGCAGAGGCGGAGCCCGCCGCUGAGGCACCACACGUGGUGGUCGCCGUGCGACUGCGGCCGCUGAGCAACAGCGACGUGUCACGGGCCCGGAUGGAGCUGACGCCCACGCAGCUGGAGUUGGAGUCCACGCAGCUGGAUACAGUGGUGUCGUGUGUUCUCGGAGUCGAGGACACCGAUGGCAUGCUGCAACUAGGAAUUGUCCAUGCUCUCGUGUUCGACGACUUCGUGAAGGUUGGCAAGACCUGCUUCGAGUGUCACGACACCACUGUGCGGUCGGCAUUGGUCGCUAGGCUUCAGAAGUACCGUCAGGGAAUGGGGACCCACGUCAAAUUGACGCGCCUCCCGGUGCUCUUCGUUUGCAAGUCGGAGGCUCACGCGAAGCUGCUCGAGCACUACACGCAUUGCUUCAUGCGUGAGACCUGGCCCGAGAGCGUCUUGUCCUUGCCCUCUGACCCUGGCACCGAGAGUGGCCAAGAGACCUACAAGCUCGAGUGGCUCUCGACGAUCGUGGACGUGCUGCAUCGAAGCUCCCAGAGGAGCGUGAGUCAGCUGACUGCUGGCAAGAGCCUGAUCUGCCAGAGGCAACAGAAACGAUACAAUGGACGUGAUUCCUUACAAGGGCCAGGCUUGCCUGCAAGGGUGAAGCUCUGGAUGUUCUUUUCCUUCGAACACCGCUACAACUUUGACCACGUCUUCGAUGAGGAUACAACUCAAGAAGCGGUGUUCCUGACUCUCGGACAGCCGCAGCUCGCAAAGGCUUUUGAGGGCUACAACAGCACGAUUUUCGCUUACGGCCAGACUGGUAGUGGGAAGACAUACACUAUGCUGAAUGUUGAGAGCGACCGAGGUCACAUUGAUCUGGGCCUCAUUCCGAGGAUGAGCAGCAGCUUGUUCCAGCGAGUUGCCGAGGCAAGCAACUUGAGCAAGACAAAUCGGUUUUUGGUGCAAUGCAGCUUCCUGGAAAUCUACAAUGAGGUCAUCUACGACCUGUUGACACCGCGGAGUCGUGCCAAAGGCAAGGGAUUGGAGAUUCGGGAGCAGAAGGGACUGGGCGUUUACGUGAAGGAUCUGACCGAAGAGGUGGUGGAAACUUCUGAUCAGAUGAAUCGCCUGAUACGCGAAGGUUUCUCUCAGCGUACUACGACAACAACAAGCAUGAACGAAAGAUCAUCCCGGUCUCACUGCGUCUUCACGAUCUGUUUGCAUCACCACGAUCUGUCAGACAGCUCCAGGAACACCAUCUCCAAGCUCAACCUCGUGGAUCUGGCUGGCUCCGAACGCAAUGAUUCAGAAGAGCGGAGUCAGGUAAAGGAAGGCGCCAACAUCAACAAAUCCCUCAGCGCGUUGAGCAACGUGAUAAAUGCCCUGAGCUCCAGUACUGGUGGAAGGCGUCGCGCCUUUGUGCCGUACAGGGACUCCAAGUUGACACGGGUUCUGCAGGAGAGCUUGGGUGGCAAUGCCCUUUGCACCAUGAUCGCAACAAUAAGCCCAGCAGAGAACAACCUGGAGGAAUCCUGGUCGACUUUGCAAUACGCAAAGCGGGCCAAAACCAUCCGCGUGGUUGCGACCCGCAACGAGGAGACCAAGCAACGUCAGCAACUGGAGAAGGAGGUGGAAGCCUUGCGCCAACGAUCGCUCGAUGAGGCAGGGCCAGUUGACGAGUUGGAAGAGAAACAUCGCGCCGAGAUCGAGGCUCUUGAAGCCUUCAUGCGGCAGACGUGGGAGGACAAGCAGCGUCUCUCCAAAGAGCACGAAGAGCAGAGGGAGCGGGCUCGGCUCGAGGUCCAGAAGGCCCUGGAACAACGACGCGGCGAAUUUCGCCGCAGGCUGGAAGGUCUGGAGAAACUUCAAGACAUCUCGGUGACUUUGCAGUCCUUCGUGGCAACGGGAACUGCCUCAGAGCUUUGUCCCGGCUGGCCGGACAGACUUGUUUCUACUUUGCGGUCUGCGACACUCCAGUCCCAGCUCCGGUCUGCCCGACUCUACAAAGAAGGUGUGGUGGCCGACUUCCGUCAACUCUUGGCGCGGGACGCCGACGAUGCAACGGCAGCUCUUCUACUCAGCCAGGCGGAUGCUAAGCUUCAGAUCCUGGCCAAGGAACUUCACGCAUUGCAGUCUGCCGAAGCAGACUUCAAAGGUCAGAUGUGCACUGUCAGCGCGGAGAUUGCCAUCAAUCUGCAUGAGGCGCGAGACACUCGCACCUGCGAUGACGGGGAGGCGCAAGUCACUGCUGAGGAGCGUUUGGCUCUCCUUGCACUGGUGCGAGAACAGCUCCAUCAACACUACAGGAGCUUCUCCGAAGACUUCCUGAAAGAGGUGGCAUCCCUGAGCCUGGCAAAGGACUUGUCUCUCGUGAACGACCGUUGCGGUGCCGCAGAUCCCGUCCAUGAAGUGGAGGGCUGUGGGGCGGACAUCUUGCCGCUGCCACUAGGACUGGCCGCGUGUGAUGUGGAGGACAACAGCCUAAGCGCUUCAUCGAACUCUCACUUCGCGAGCUGUGCCAGGCUGCAUCGCAGCCUUUGCAUGGGUGGCUGGAAUGCCUCCGAGGCCACAAAGGACGAAUUCCUGGAGGUCGACCUGUCGACGGACGGCUGCAACCAGCAGGUCCUAGCCGGCGUGGCGCUGCAGGGAAGACUUCCCUGCAGCGGGCAUUGGCAGCAGACCCACAGCCUUCUGAAGACGGCGCUUGGCGAUCACGAGGCUCUGCGACCUACCACGGAGCGCACCUUCCUGCGGCCUCCCGUGCGCUGCGUCAUCGAGGUAGCCACGGCAUUGCAGAGCCGCAGCGGAUCAAAGACCACCUCGAAGGAGCAGGAGGCCAUUGACUAUGCAGCCAUGACCAAGGAGGCAAAGACAGAUUUUCUGACAAGGCUCAUCCAGGAAGCAGCGCGCUUCUUCAAAGAUGUGAUGGGUCCCGGAAGCGCCAGAGAAGCGGCGCCGCCGCAGGGUCUGAGCUCCGACGGCCAGGCGGAGGGCCCGGAGCCCCUGAAGCUCACUGCCCAAGAUGUUCUUUCUGGAAGGAAUUGCGGGGAGACCAACCGCCUGUUGCAGCUGCUGGCCUGGCGAUGCCUCGGUGAGGAUGCAACGGGCCAGUGGACGCGCCAGUUUCGCCUUCAGUAUCAUGAACCCCAGAAAGGGUGGCUGUGGUACGCCGGAGAUGAGGGCGAGCACGUGUUUGAGGCCAAUACUGAUGCCCACGCAGCACUUUUCGUGCAGCUGCCCCUGCCGGUUUCGGCAAGCAAGCUGCGCAUUUGCCCGUUAGCUUGGCACCGUCGGCCAGCGUUGCGAAUCGAAGUCUUCGUCCUGCCGUCGGAAGUCCGGCAACGAGCACCUGAAAUCUUCCAGGGCCUUCAAGCUCAGAUCCAGCUGGGAAAGCAGGCUGUCGGAAGAUUCAAGCUGAGGGUGGAGGCCAACAUGCGCGAGGACCAGCUUGCAAAAGAGCAGCAGGUGCACGAGCGUGGCGCGUUGCAGCGUCAACUGGAAGAGGCCUUGGCACGGGCAGCCGCGUCAGAGGCGCAGCUGCUUCGACUGAAGGCAGACAAUGAACGUUUGCAGCAGCAAUUGGACAUCCGCUCAGCAGAACUCUGCACUGCAGAGGAGGCUCGCCGCAGCGCCGAAGAGCUGGGUCCCAGGCUGGAGGAGGAGCUGAGCCGACUCCAAGGCAUCUCCGAGGACUUGCAAGAAGAGCUUGCUGUGGUCUGCGAGCAGAGGGACCUGGCUCGCGCCCACGAGGAAGAGCUCUUCUACGUCAUUUCCGGGAAGGACGAGGAGCUCUUGCAUGCGCAUUCGGCCUUAGCAGAUCUUGCGGAGCACAUGAAGGAUCGUCAGCUCGAGGAUGAUGCUGCUGAGCUUCUGGACAGUGAGAUCGCGGGUUAUGCGCAGCAGCUCCAGGACCUGACAGCCAAAGUGCAACAGCUGGAGGAGGAGAAUGCUGAGCUGCGGGCAGAGCGAGAUCGGACAAACCGCAAGCGCGAGAAGUUGGUCGAGCAGAAGCAGGAGCUGCAGGAGAAGCUGAAGCAGUCGGAACAAGCCAGACAGGCGGCUCGUGAUCGAGUGGAGCAAAUCCUGAAUAAGCGGGAAAAGAAAAGGAACAGUGGGGACAGCAAAGACGAUCGCGUGGCUGAGGACUUAUUGAGUUCGUUAUCGGAGCUGGGACCGCCGGAGAAACCCAAAAGACACCUUCAUCGUUCACGCACUGUUGGUUCCAUUGCGGGCGGAGGCGCCACCGCUGCUGAGGCGCUGGCCGACAUGAAGCCGGCAGAGCCAGGGCCUUCCAGCAUGCAAACACCUGCCGAGGCCAUGCUACCAGUCUUCGGCAUGCCUGUCCCGGCCGAGGAUGUCAGUGCUCCAAACACCGGACGAAGCCGCCGAAGCUCGCACUCGGGCAAGUCGGGCCGAUCUCAUCGCUCGAUGCACGAGGCCAAGCCGGUCGUCAGCGCCAACGAGCCGUUGCCCGCCUUCGGGGCUGAUCUACUCGAUGCUGGGUCCACGCACCGCCCUGCCAGUGCACACUCGCGGAAAUCUUCGGGCCACAGACGCUGA